UUGUAUGAUAUUAGCAGUGCCAACUAUGGAGAUACCUCUAUUAAUACCAUGUCAUAUUAAGUACACCCAAGCUUACCCAAGUUGGCCGAUCAGCACCUCCCGUCAAGACUUCACUAGCAGUUCUUCGGCGAGGCUUAGCCAUGGUACUAAAAGCACUAAUCCUUAGCGGAGGGUCUGAAUCUAUAUGCAUAAAUACUACCUUACCUUCCCUUUAAUAUAACUGCGCCGGUAGCCUAACGAACUAGUGCUUAUUCUUUAGAAGUUCAAAGGACAUCAUAUAAGUAAUGUACAAUACCCUCUGACCCCAGUCCCAAUCCUACCCAGCCUAUACUUAGCCUCUCUUCUCCGACAUAUAACAAGCAUGCAACGCGGAACAUCUCCCCUAACGCCCGAAUUCGACGAUCUCGUCAACGCCCUCCUAGCUGAAUGGCACGUCCCAGGCACGUCAAUCGCCAUCAUCGAUGGACCGGAUACCUUCACUAAGGGCUACGGCAUAUCCAAAUACCCCAACACGCCAGCCACCCCACAAACCCUCUACUACACAGCCAGCACCACCAAAUCCUUCACAGCAGCAGCCCUAUCCCUCCUCAUCGACGACGCCGCCAACACCACCACCACCACCACCACCCAACAACCCCAACCCCUAACCUGGACAACGCCUCUCUCAUCCCUAAUCCGCUCCGACUUCGUCCUCCCAGACGCCUAUGCCACCCAACACAUCACCCUCGAAGACGCCCUCUCCCACCGAACAGGCCUCCCAGAGCACUCGUACCAUUUCCGGCCCGACAACUCAUGCACCCCCAAAGACGAGGUCCGAAGACUGCGCCAUCUCCCCAUGACAGCCGCCAUCCGCACCAAAUACAUGUACAACAGCUUCAUGUACACGGCCGUUUCGCACGCGAUCGAAACCCUCACCGGCCGCGACUUGGGCGUCUUCCUCCGGGAAAGAAUCUGGGCUCCGCUCCACAUGGACGCGACGUAUUGGACGCUCCGUGAUGCGGUGGCCAGUCGACCGGAUGAGCUGGCGGGCGCAUAUGUCUGGGAUGCUUCUUCUUCUUCUUCUUCUUCUUCUCCUUCUUCCCCAGGGUUCGUCGAGAUAGACCACCCCGAGUAUGCGGAGUUAUCGGGCGCCGGAUGCAUGAUCAGCAACGUAGUGGACUAUGCGAAGUGGCUCCGGUACAUGAUGGCCCAGAGCGGGCCGUUAAGCCGGGCCGGACAUGCGGCGCUUGUGUCGCCGCGGGUGGUGUCCAUGACUGGAGCGACGAAUCUGUUCCCGGGGCCGCAUCUAUACGCGCUCGGGUGGCGGGUGGAUUCCUACCGGGGGCAGACGAUUGUGUGGCACACGGGGAGUAUUGGGGGGUUUGGGUCUGUGAUGAUGUUUCUGCCUGGGCGGGACUGGGGGUUGGUUGUCAUGGGCAAUUCGACGGUGACGAGUAACCAGAUGCAGCAGGUUUUGUAUAUGUAUUUGUUGGAUGGGUUGCUGGGCACGCCGGUGGGGGAGCGCGUGGAUUGGGGAGUGGUGAUUAGGGAGAAGAUGGAGAGGCGGCGGCGGAGGGAGUUGGCUUCUGCGAGGGAACGGAUUUACCCGGUCUUGCCUUGUCCUGUUUUGCGGCCGGCGUUGGAGGUGUGGGAGUAUACGGGGGGUUAUUGGCAUCCUGGGUAUGGGGCGAUGGAUUUGGUGCUUGAUGUUGGGGGGAAGGCGCUCGUUGCUGAUCGCCGGAGUCAGGAGUUUAGUAUGAUGGUUGCGAUGGAGCAUGUCAGUGGGGAGUUUUGGUUGGCGAGGUUGCAGGAGAGGUACAAGGAUCCUCGCGAUUAUGAGGUUGUGCGCGCCGAGUUCAGGCUUGGUCCGGAGGGCGUGAGAGAAGUUGGUGUCGAUCUGGAGCCGACGAUGGAUGGGGAGUUGAUCUGGUUUCGGAGGGUGGAUUGAUUUUCUACAUGGUUCAUGGGAUAAAUAUAUGAGGAAGAGCAGAACGUAAACAUUGUCAGUAGCAAAUGCCCCUACUAGAACUAUCUAAUCGGCACAAUGUACCAUGUUGAAUGGCCAGCAAACUAGAUUGCAAACGAGGGUCGAGCAUGGGCCAUGUUGGAUGGCGUCAAGCAUAGGAAUG